AUGGCUAGAUGGAACUUGACCAAUGUUCCUGGUUUCAUCCUCAUGGGGCUGAUGGGCUCUGCAGAGACACAGCUGGUCCUCUCCAUGCUCUUUCUCCUGAUUUACCUGAUCACAGUGCUGGGGAAUGUGGGGAUGAUACUGAUCAUUCACCUGGAUCCCCAGCUUCACACCCCCAUGUACUUUUUUCUCACUCACCUGUCAUUUCUCGACCUCAGCUACUCAAGUGUCAUCACCCCGCAAACUUCACAGAACUUACUGACUUCCACCAAGAGCAUCUCCUUCCUGGGAUGCUUCACCCAGAUGUACUUUUUUAUAGUGCUUGCUGCUGCCGAAUGUUUCCUUCUCUCCUCCAUGGCCUAUGAUCGCCAUGUAGCCAUCUGCCACCCCCUGCACUAUCCAGUUGUUAUGUCCACAAGACUGUGCCAUUCCCUGGUCACUGGCUCCUAUGUUAUUGGCUUUGUGGAUUCCACUGUGAAUGCAGUUUGCAUGAGCCAACAACACUUCUGCAAGUCUAACAUCAUCCAGCACUUUUUCUGUGACACAUCCCCAGUUUUAGCCCUGUCUUGCAGUGACACAUUUGAGGUUGAACUUAUUAUAUUCAUCUUUGCGGGAUCCACUAUAGUGCUGUCCCUCAUCAUCAUAUCAGGAUCCUAUUUGUCCAUUCUCUUCACUAUCCUCAAAAUUAAUUCCAUUGCAGGAAAGAAAAAAGCCUUCUCCACUUGUGCCUCCCAUUUCUUGGGAGUCACUAUCUUCUACAGCACUACAAUCUUUACUUACCUAAAACCGAAGUCAUCCUAUUCCUUGGGAAGGGAUCAAGUGGCUUCUGUGUUUUACACAAUUGUGAUCCCCAUGCUGAACCCUCUCAUUUACAGUCUCAGAAACAAAGAGGUGAAAAGUGCUGUUGUUAGAGUCCGGAAAAAGAGACAGGGUUCUAGAGAAUUAAAAUAA